AUAACAAAAACAGCUGUAGUAAACAAUAAACAAACGUAAAACUUUAUUUAUCUUUUUGUUUUUAGCAAGUGCAUCGAAUUGUUUAACAAAAUUUUAUUUUGAAUCAAUGCAAAUGUAGUUAAUAUUAAUUAUCCAGAACAAAGAUGAAUUUAAAUUGUGAAACAAUUUUGGAUUUUUACACGCACAAUAACAAAAAAGUAUUGUGUCAAAUUAAAGUGACAUCUUCGAAAAGCCGCAAAUUUAAAAAUAACACUUGUAGAUGUUUAGGACAAGAACAAUGGAAUACAUUCGAUAGAGAACUAGAGAAACUUAUUACAGCCAACGAUGAGUGGAACGAUGAGAAGUGCCUUGAUUUUAAGAUAAAGCCCCACAUUGAGGUUAAGGUGCAAAAAUCAAAAUUAUCAUUAAAACAUUUUUACAAAUGUUUGGGUGCAAAUGAUGAUUGCGAGAAAGAUGAACUAGGUGAUGGCGGUGUUGUAGAGGAUAUUAUAGAAGCCAGUUAUGUUUUAGAGUGUGUACUGAAUUUCCAAAACACCCCAGUUGAUGUAACCCACCAAUUAGAAGGACAACCACUAAUUGAAACAACAACCGAUAUUUUAAGCAUUCCAUUAUCAUAUGAACCAUAUACGCCAUCUAAUAAAAGAUAUCGGGCGGAUAACAUUGAUACCGUUAAAACCCCUGGAAUAGAUUUUCUUGAAUAUAAUGAAAACAGCAAUUCACCAAAACGAAACACACUUGAAACAUCCGAAAGUGAACAACCACAAUUAAGUGAAAUAAUAUCCAAUAAUACAUCAGAACCGACUGAAAAUUGCCAAAGUUCGGAUGAGGUUAUUAUUGAAACUGGAGAUGAAAUUGAUUCUCCGAAAAAAAGUAGAUUCAAGAAAUCGAAAAGACUAGAGACUGAAUAUACAUCGAAAAGUAAGGAAAUUCCAGUCACCGGUUUGCCUGUGCAUAGAAUAGAGGAGGAAUCUUCAGAUCGAAAAGUUACUGAAACAGAUUACGAUAUUAAGAAACAUCGAAAAAGAACUAAGACUUUAGAUACUUUACCAGAACUACUGGAUAAUAAUUCUAAGGAAAAGCAUAAAAGCAAAAAAGAACGUUCAAGUAGCAGGGAUAGACAUAGUCAUUAUGACAAUAAAAUAUUAAAAAAACGUUCCAAGACUAUCGAUGAAAUUCCAGUUGGACUGUCCGAGAAUAUUGAGAAAUCAAAAUUAAAGAACUUGACAGAUGAGAGUAAAGAAAAGUCACGUAAAAAAUUACAAUCAACAGAUAAACACAAGUCUCACAAAUCAGAGGUUAUCAAAGAAAAGCCAUAUACAACGUCAGAUUCGACAGAUAAACACAAGUCUCACAAAUCAGAAGAUAUCAAAGAAAAGGCACAUAAGAAAUUAGAUCCAACUGAUAAAAGUGCGUCUCAUAAAUCGGAAGAAAGAAAAGAAAAGCCAUAUAAGAAAUUGGAUUCCUCUGAUAAAAGUACGACGCAUAAAGCAAAAGAAAAGAAAAAAGAUGUGAAAGAAAAUAUUUCUUCAACAAAGGAAAAAGUUACGAACUUGGAAAAGAAGCACGUAAGAAGAAGUACCUCAUCAUCGAGUGAAGAUGAAUUUUUGGAGGCACUUGUUGAAGCUAAAAAAGUUUUGAAAACUGCAGAAAAAGUCAGUGAUGAUGAAUUCGAAGACCACAAUAAGUUAGAGAAAAAAACAAAAUUAUCGCAAGCCAAUGACAAUACAAGUAGUUUGAAUAUAUCGAUUUCAUCUGCUACGGAAUCGAACACAGACACAUCUCCAUGCAAAGUAAGAAAGAGAGUAAGAAAACCAAAAGAAAUUAGCCCUGAUGUUAAUAAAUCCCUACGGCGUUCGGAACGAUCACCAAGCAAACCAAUUCGAUUUAUAGAAGAACAGCCUAAUCUACUUAAAAGUAAGAAACCUAAAACAGCCAAAACUUCACCUAAAAACAAAGAACUAUUUGGCACAGACGACGAUGACGAGGAGAAUUAUUUUGAGAAGAACAGCACUAAAACUAACAGCGACAACAAAGUCAAAUCAUCAAUAUUCGAAACCCCUGUUAGCAAGAAAUCCGUUAAGAGUGCUUCAUCCUCAUCGUCCUCAUCAACGAAAAAGAAACGCAAAAGAGAUAAAAGUAGUGAAUGUGAGCAGGAAAAACGAGCGAUGGGCAACUGGUUAGGCAAGAAAAAAUCAUCAUCAGACAUUGAGGAAAAAAAAGCAUCAACAUCAAAGUCAUCAUCAUCAAAAAGUCGACCGCUAAAAACUACAAAAAAAGAAAAAACGGAAAAGAAUGAAGUUGAUGCGGAAACACAUGCAAAAACGGUAACACCAACACCAUCUUUCGAAUUGCCUUCUAAGGAAGAAAUGGAGUUGAUAAGAAAUAAAACAAAAUUAACACAGAAAGAAAAUGCAAUACUUAAAGCAGAAUUGGAUAAAAUGCGUACUUCACCACCAAAAGAAGUAGAAUUUAAAUCUCUACAAGAUGUACCUGCGGAAGAAAUAUUGAAUACGUUUUCAAUAUACCAGACAGAAUUAGAUGAAAUCUAUAAAAAUAAUUACAAAAGAGAUUAUAUUAAAGGUCACGAGGGCAUAAACCAUUGUUUUGUAAUAAGACUACUGCCACAAAAUAUCCAAAUGAAAAUGCUGGAGAAAUUAACAGAUGUUUAUAGUAAUACAAAGAGCUCAACUCAAGCCACAUUAUUCGCCAAUGCUCUUCUGCCUGAAUGGGUAAUACGUGUGUAUAUGGAAAAAUUUAAAUUUAAUCGUCAAGAGGCGAUGCAUCAAAUCAAAGCACAAGAAGAAUUUCGUUUACAUAUGGAAGAACAGAAUGAUAACUCCUUUAUGUUCGAUUAGAAAAGAACAAACAUGUGAUGUGAGUAUUUAUUCCACACGCAGUUUACUUUGUUUUUAAAUUCAAAUAAUAUAUUAAAGCUGAGCUUUGAUUAAAUCAUUUUAAUAUGUACUUUUAUUUUUGAAAUAAAUUUUUUUUCUAAAAUGUAAACUAUAAGAUUUUCGAUUCAAGUAGAAUAAAUCGUGGUCCUAUACGUCCCUUUGUGAUGCCUUUAAAGACAGAAGAAAAGAGGGAGAUUGU